AUGAAUCGUACCGUACAUAUCUACAACCCACUUCAACCACCUGUGGAGCUAGACCUAGUCACUUCCACCCCUCUUGAACCCUCCAGCCCUCGUCCAACCUUCAUUUUCUUUCACGGCGGCGGUCUUGUCAGCGGUUCGCGGCGCGGCCGGUUCCCGCCACUACCAGUGAAACUGUUGCUCGACCGAGGUUGGGCGGUCGUUGUCCCAGAUUACCGCUUGCUGCCGGAGGCCGGCAUCGCCGAUAUCCUCGACGACCUGCGUCAGCUAGAAGCAUGGAUUGUGCAGUCUGCAGUGGGGAUUGAUAUGGAUCAUGUCGUUGUUGGGGGAUCGAGUGCAGGUUCCCUGGUGUCAAUCUUUGCUCUCUCUGUGUGGAAGACAAUCAAACCGCGCGCCUUCCUGUCUCUAUGGGGCAUGGCGCAGACUGAGGGCGAGUGGUAUAGUCGUCGCCGGGCCGAGUCAGACCUGCUGGGAGGCGUCCCUGCCAGCCAGCUGCACGAGGAAAACGUUGCUCCCUAUCUGCAGCCCGGACGGCCGCAUAUCUCAACUGAUGAAGGGGACAUGAGAGACCCUGGUAGCCGAGCAUCGCUUUUUUUGUGGCUGCUGAAAAAGGGCCGGAUUGGUCCUAUCAUCAGCGACUCGGUGAGAACAGCCAUCGGCACGGAAGCCCCGUUGGACCUGAUAAGCUCCUCCUAUCCACCCACGGUUAUGGUGCACGGCACCGCCGACACAGUGGCGCCGGUGACGGACUCGCGGGCGCUGGCGGCCGCCCUGGGGCGGGUUGAAGUUCCGGUGCGCUUGAUCGAGAUCAAUGGGGCGGACCAUGGACUGGCGCCGCAGGAUAAGUAUCGCAAUUCCUUUGAAGAGGCAGUCUUGGCUGUGGAAGAGUUCACAGGAAACUGA